AUGAGGAUCCUAGCCCAAUCUCUGCUCAUUGCUUCACUACUUACUGUUGCCAUUGGGUUUAAGACUAAUAGGACAUCAUGCUUUCACUAUGUGUCUUGUCUGGAAGCCACGGAAGCCAAUCUGAAGCAAUGUGCAGGAGGAACGGCGAUUUCUCUGACUCUCGAAGCCAAGGAUGUCAAUAUCAGAGAUCUUGUCAAGUACAGGGCUCUUGAAUUUGUGGGAUGCCAAGACCGUCUUCUCAAGGAGAUCGUUGACUUUGAAGCCCUUCAGAUUCUUGUCAACGAAGAUGCUAGAGAGUGUUUCGAGAAACUUCCAGAGAGCUCGAAGCGUGUUGAACAAUUCACUGAUUCCUGUGAUUACGUCCAACCAGUCAGCCGUAAUUCCUCAAAGGGAGAUGCCCUCCAAUGCCUCAUCGAAUUCAAACAAGACCGUGAAUACUGUGAGAGUCUUCUCGAGUGCUGCCCAGACCAUACCAGAUGUGGAGAGAGAAUGAAUGCAGUGUCUCUUUCCUAUCAGAACGCCAGAGUCAAAGCUGAACAAAUCGUCUACAGUAUGAUUUCCUGCAUCGUUGUCAAUGAUCCACGAUUCUUGAGAGAGGGAGCACGUCUUCAAUCUCUUCGUGAUCCGUACCGUAACGCUGGAGUUCCAUUCCUCCGCCCGGAUGCUUACACUGAAGCCAGAAUCACUAGAAGACUCGCAUUGACAUCGACGUCUACUUUGUCCCAGAGAAGAGAGAGAUUCUUGAAGAAAUACUCCCAAAUCAGACAAGUCGUCACUCAGAAUUUGUUCGGACAACAACAAAGCAAAUUGAAUCAGCCUGUUGAGGAUCUUGUCACUGAAACUUCAUCCAAACUUGUCGAGACUCCAGAGGACGUCACCACUACCACUGCUCCAGAAGAGGUUACCACUCCCGCAGAAAUGUCGACUACUCCAGAAGAAACAAAGGAAUCUGAGACCACUGUCGUUGCCGCAGAAGUCACAGAAGCUCCAGAAGCCCCAGAAGCCGUCAAGGAAUCUUCCGAGAUGCAUGUCAACACCAUUCGCAACUUGAUCCGUAGCGCUUCAGACAAAGAUCUUUCCAAGUACGUCUCUCUGAUUUCCGAAGGAAAGUUCUCGGAACUUUUUGAACUUGCUGAGAAGAAGAAGGUCAACUUGGCAACCAAAUUCGAUGAGAAACUUUCUGCUAAAAUGUCCAAACUGAAGGAUUUGAUCAACGAGGCGUUGUCGGAGAAGGAUAAGAGUUCAGAGAUUGAAAAGAGUUUUGAGAAGGUGGAGAAGGCGGAGAAACCGGAGUUGGUGGCCAUGGAGGAUAAGGAUUCAGCUGCUGUGUUCACAAUUUCCGAUGAGUUGGAACAGAAGACAACUUUGACGGAGGCCAAGUUGGCUCAUACUAUUGUUUCGAGAAACGUAGCUGAAGCCGAGAACGCCGUUGCUGCUGAUAAGGAAGAGAAGGAAUCCGAGGAGCCAAAGGUGGAAUCAAAGAAGGAAUCGGAGAAACUCGCCAAGCUUGAGAAGACAGAAGACGUCAAGGCGAUCGCCGAUGAGAAGAAGCCAGGAAAACUUCCAUUGAAAAUCGAGAAGUUGGAAAAACCAAUCGACACAAAAUCCGAGAAUCAAGAAUUGACCAAGGUUCUGGAUGAUAAGGAGAGAGCUCUUCUCGUGGAAUCUGAGAUCAAGAAUACCGCUGAUGAGACUAAACACAUUUUGGAGACUUUGAAAUCCGAGGAGUCAGCUGUGGUUGGAGAGGACUUGCCAGCUCUGGAGAAGGAGGAAUCUGGAGAGGCGAAGAAGGAAGAAGCCACAACAACUACCACCGCUCCAGAGUCUACUACCGUCGUCGCUGAAGCCGUGGUAGCCGAAACAGAUAAACCAGAGGCUAAGCCAGAAUCUAAACCAGAACUUGUCGCCAACACUGAUGAUGUUCUUACUGUAACUAAGCCAGAUACCGAAGUCGAGGGAAGUGGAGAAGGAGAAGAAGACGUCACCACCACCGCUCCAUCCCUCCUCCAAUCCAGCAAGGUCUCUCCAGAUGGAGUCAUCGAGAAUGUGAAGAGAAUCCGCCCAAGAACAGAACAGACUCAUUGUCAGCAAUAUGCUUCCUGCUGGCAGACGGUUUUGGAUUACGAGCAACAAUGUGACAGAAAAUAUUCCACUGAAGUUUUGAGCCAUGGAAUUGAUGAUAGUGAGAUCUUGAACAUCCUUCAUAACAGCUCUAUUUCUCAUCACGAGAUUGUUCUCAAAGCUUGUCUCCGCCCAUUGGACAGAUCUGUUCACUCUACUCUCAAACAACUUCUUGUCAUCCAACGUGGAGUUCGUAAGGCUUGUCUGGAACUUGGACGCAACAAAAUCGCAGUCACCGACGCCGAAGAAGAGCUAUGCAACACGGAAGUUCCAACUACUGCUGCCAUCGACGAGUUCAUUUCUUCUGAACACGUGCGAUCCCAAUCCAAUCAUUUGACAUGCCGUGCCAAGCUGGAACCGAUCCGCGAAGCCUGCGGAAUCGUCAGAAACUGCUGUGCUUCCGUUGAAACAUGCGACAACUACAUCAGCUCUUCCCCAGUCAAAAAGUUGGAAACUGAAGCUAUCCGUCGGCUGGUCAAGAAGCAAAACGAUUGUGAGACAAAGAUGCUACAAACUUUGAGCUAUAUUCAUGAGCAACUCUCUAAUCCAACCAGAAGACGUCGGUUCUAUUACCAUUAA